UUAGCAACUUCUUACUCCCUAUAAGGCUAUAACGUAUCUAUGUCCAUUUUCAAAUCUCGAUAAUUAAAAAAAAAAUUGUCGGAAUUGUUUAUUCAAUAAAAAAAACGAGUUGCAGUCCAAGUAGUAGCAGUAGUAGAAGAAGGUAGACACUGCAAAGGUUCCGCCGCAGAACCACCACCAACCAUGGCGGCGACACUAACUCCGAUUCAAACCUUCAAAUUCUCCCAUUCUCAUUCUCCAUCUCCAUCUCAACCAAACUCAACCACUCUCUUCUUCCCAAUCAAUCAACCUUCCACCUCCCGCCGCAACAAACUCAUCCUCUCCGCUGCAACUUCCGGUGACACUACUCUCUCCUCCAACGGUCCUCCUCCUCCUCCCCCUUCUCGAUCAAAAGUUCGGCGACACACGAUUUCGGUGUUUGUUGGUGAUGAGAGUGGAAUGAUUAAUCGAAUUGCCGGAGUUUUCGCGAGAAGAGGAUAUAACAUUGAGUCACUUGCUGUUGGUCUUAAUCAGGAUAGAGCUCUUUUCUCCAUUGUUGUUUCUGGUACUGAUAGGGUUUUACGCCAAGUUGUUGAGCAGCUUCAGAAGCUUGUUAAUGUUUUGAAGGUAGAAGAUCUUUCCCACGAACCACAAGUAGAGCGUGAAUUGAUGCUGUUAAAAGUGCAUGCAGAUCCUCAAAAUCGCACUGAGAUUAAGUGGUUGGUGGACACCUUCAGAGGCAAGAUUGUGGACAUCUCGGAACAUUCUGUGACGAUUGAGGUUACCGGAGAUCCAGGGAAGAUGGUUGCAGUUCAAAGAAAUUUUAGCAAGUUUGGAAUUAAAGAAAUAGCUAGAACUGGAAAGAUUGCAUUAAGAAGGGAAAAGAUGGGUGCAUCUGCUCCAUUUUGGCGGUAUUCAGCUGCUUCGUAUCCAGAUCUUGAAGGGAAAACAGCUAUCAACGCCCUUGUUGGAGCGAAAAGCACGAAUCCUGUUGACAAAACUGAUGUGCCUGUUGGGGGAGAUGUAUAUCCUAUAGAGCCUUCAGACAGUUUUACAGUCAAUCAAGUACUUGACGCUCAAUGGGGUUUUCUCAUUGAUGAAGAUACUAGUGGAAUUCGAUCACACACUUUAUCCAUGCUUGUGAACGAUGCUCCCGGAGUUCUGAACAUUGUUACAGGGGUCUUUGCUAGAAGGGGCUAUAACAUUCAGAGUUUAGCUGUAGGACAUUCAGAAGUAGAAGGAAUUUCUCGGCUUACUACUGUGGUUCCUGGUACAGAUGAGUCAAUCAGCAAGUUGGUGCAGCAACUCUAUAAGUUAGUGGAGCUGCAUGAGGUCCGUGAUAUAACCCACAUGCCAUUUGCUGAGCGAGAAUUGAUGUUAAUAAAGAUUGCUGUAAAUGCUGCUGCACGACGUGAUGUUCUUGACAUUGCCAGCAUUUUCAGGGCUAAAGCUGUUGAUGUGUCCGAUCAUACAAUAACCCUCGAGCUUACUGGAGAUCUGGACAAGAUGGUUGCGUUGCAAAGGUUGUUAGAACCAUAUGGCAUUUGCGAGGUGGCACGAACUGGACGCAUAGCACUGUCCCGCGAGUCAGGUGUGGACUCCAAGUACCUGCGUGGAUACUCUCUUCCUUUAUAAUUAAUUUCUUCGUCUGGGCAAAGGAGGGCUCAAGUUUUCGGCUUGUAGAGAGCUUUAACUUAAGCUGUGCUUCCAAGUUUUUUGGCUCUCUAGCUGUAAUGUUGAAUUUUUGUGAUGUGCAAAAUGAUUAUAGUAUCUACUCCAAACUACUGUAGCUAUAGACUUUAUUUAUUUUUGUUUUUAUGAAAAUGUAAGACUUUAAGACAAUUUUAGGCGUCGAAUGACAUCUAGAUAUUUCUUUCAAGAAAAAAAUAAAUAAAUAUAAUUUCUAUUUAACUUAUCGUCUU